CAAAUACCAAACCAAAAUUUUCAGAUCAAUUGGGUAAGUUUUUGGUGAACUGAGUUAACCGAGAAGUAAACUACAUAUCCAACCCAAACCUGGACCUGGAUCCGGAUCCGAAUUCGGCUUACCAACAUACCAUUUUUAAACUUUUGUCAUCACAUUUGCCUCAUGUGAGCUUGCAAAUGCUCAGACCAGAGAAACUAGUGUUCUCCAUUUCCCGCCAAUAUCAAUCACUCAAACCUACACAACUCGACGAACCACGACCCCGCGAUCUCGCGAGAGACUUUCUCUGCCUGCUAAAAAAAUGCGUCUCCGCGAACCAAAUCCGAGAGAUCCAAGCCCAGAUGCUAUCAAACUCCGUCUACAAACCAAACUUUCUGAUCCCCAAAGCCGUCGAGCUCGGAGACUUCAACUACGCAUCUUCCCUCUUCUCCGCGACGGAACAACCAAACCACUACUCCUACAACUUCAUGAUCCGUGGCCUUACCAACACGUGGCGCGAUCACGGAGCCGCUCUCUCGCUCUACCGCCGGAUGAAGUAUUCCGAUUUAAAGCCCGACAAUUUCACUUACAAUUUCGUCUUCGUCGCGUGUGGGAAUCUUCCCGAGAUCGGGGUCGGUAGAUCUGUUCACUCGUCGUUGUUCAAAGUUGGGUUGGAGAGAGACGAACACGUGAAUCACUCCUUGAUCACCAUGUAUGCGAAAUGUGGUUAUGUUGAUAGUGCACGGAAGGUGUUCGACGAAAUUACUGAGAGAGAUAUGGUGUCGUGGAACUCGAUGAUCUCUGGGUAUUUGCUUGCGGGUUGUGCUAAAGACGCGGUGGGUUUGUUUAGGAAGAUGGAGGAGGAAGGAGUUGAGCCUGAUGAGUGGACGUUGGUGAGUGUGUUGGGUGCUUGUGGGCAUUUGGGGGAUUUGAAAACUGGUAGAUUGCUGGAGGAGAUAGCUGUGAGGAGGAAGAUUGGGUUGAGCACUUUCCUUGGGUCUAAGUUGAUCAGUAUGUAUGGAAAAUGCGGCGAGUUGGAUGAGGCUAGAAGGGUUUUUAAUCAGAUGGUUAACAAGGACCGUGUUGCUUGGAAUGCUAUGAUCACUGUAUACUCGCAAAACGGGAGGUCAAGCGAAGCUAUUAAGCUGUUUCGUGAAAUGGAAGGUUCCAGAGUUUCCCCGGACGCUGUCACAUUUUCAACGGUGCUGUCUGCUUGUGGUUCAGUUGGAGCUCUUGAGUUAGGCAAACGGAUCGAGACAUACGCUUUGGAAACAGGUCUGCAACAUAACAUCUAUGUAGCCACAGGACUAGUUGAUAUGUACGGAAAGUGCGGAAGUAUAGAGGAAGCUCUAAGAGUAUUUGAAGCAAUGCCGGUGAAAAAUGAAGCUACUUGGAACGCUAUGAUAUCUGCUUACGCCCAUCAUGGACAAGCUCAAGGAGCGCUCUCGCUGUUUGAUCGAAUGUCAGUUCCUCCAAGCGAUGUUACAUUCGUGGGAGUGCUCUCUGCUUGUGUGCACGCGGGUCUGGUCGACCAAGGCCGUCGAUACUUCCAUGAGAUGAGUUCCACGUUCGGGUUGGUUCCGAAAAUCGAGCAUUACACGAACGCAAUCGACCUCCUAUCUCGCGCGGGGAUGUUAGAGGAGGCAUGGGAGUUGAUGGAGAAGUUUCCCGGGAAGCCAGACGAGAUCAUGUUGGGAGCAAUACUUGGAGCGUGUCAGAAGAGAAGAGAUGUGGUGGUUGGAGGGAAAGCGAUGGGGAUGUUGAUGGAGAUGGAAGAGGCGAAGAACGCAGGGAACUAUGUUAUAUCUUCCAAGGUUUACGCUGAGAUGAAGAUGUGGGAUGAAUGUGCGAAGACGAGGGCGUUGAUGAGAGAGAGAGGUGUAGUUAAGACACCAGGAUGUAGCUGGAUAGAGAUGGACGGUGAGUUAAUGGAGUUUAAUGCAGGAAGCGAUUGUUUAGAGUGUGGCAAGGAAGAUUCAGGGUCGUUGUACGGUUUGUUGGUAGAGGAGAUGAAAAGCGAAAGGUAUGAUUGUCUUCAGCUGUGGUAAAAGAUGGAAGUUAACGCGUCUUCUCUAUUGACCUUCAAAGUGGUGCAAAGAGUCCAUGAUAUGGUAUGCUUUCAUGUGAUGGCUUGUAAUGUGGGGACAACUGGGUGGUUAGAUGUCAUAAGUUCUUAACUUAUGACUUUGUCUACAAGCAUUUGUUUAGAUAUAUACAAGUUUUAUAACAAUCUAAACAUAUGAGGCUAA